CUGUCACAGCCGGAGCGCCGAACCGACCGAGUGCUCUCUCCAAGAUCUGGGGUAGCUGUGCCUGAGGUACCCAUGACAUGGUUGCAUAUCAUAAAUUACUCCCAUGUUUCAAGUCUUCCUUCUACCACUAACCCGCACUAUCACUCGUCUGCUGUUUCGGUGAUAGUCCCAUGCUGGAACUAACUUAACCUCAUUGUCAUCACCGACUGCCUUGUCCGAUCGAUCAAAGAUGCGCGACUCUCUGUCUGAUCGGCUGCUCCGCCGCGAGUUGCAGGAUUCUGCCGGACCUUCGAGAAAGGUGAAAUCAAUCUACGGCGACAAGAAUUGGGUCAGGGAUCUAGAUAUCGUUAACGAGCUUGAUGGCCACGCAGGUUGCGUGAACGCUCUCAGUUGGUCAAAGUCUGGCCGUCUCCUCGCCUCAGGAUCCGAUGAUCAGCACAUCAACAUUCACACCUACCAACCCGAUGAUUCGAACUCCCAAUUCAGACUGGCGACCAGCAUCGCCACCGGUCACCAAGCCAACAUCUUCUCCGUCAAGUUCAUGCCUCACUCCAACGAUCGAACUGUCAUAUCAGCUGCUGGAGACCAUGAAGUCCGUAUCUUUGAUCUGGAAUACUCCGGCGCCACCAGAGAAGCCUCGCGUGCAUCAGCCAUGGCUCUCAACGGCCACUCCAGAGGGAUGCGAAACAAUAUACAAGAUGGAGUACGUCACUUGAGCGAUGGAGAUACAAAUUGCAGAGUCUACCGCUCGCAUGGCGACAGAGUCAAGAGGGUUGUCACGGAGUCCUCUCCCCACCUCUUUCUGACUUGCUCAGAAGACGGAGAAGUGCGCCAAUGGGAUCUACGUCAACCGUCGUCCGCCUAUCCUUCUCCUUCCAGUAGGUCUGUCUCUACUGUCUCUGUACCCCCUCCCCUCAUCUCCUAUAAACGCUAUGACUUGGAUCUCAAUACCAUCUCCUGUUCGCCAAGUCAGCCGCACUACAUCGCACUAGGUGGUGCACAUCUGCAUUGCUUCCUUCAUGAUCGCCGAAUGAUCGGUCGCGACAAGCUCCAUGAACGUGCUGCCUCGCCUGCCCUGUCAGUCGGCCAACUAUCAGACCUUGAUGAUGAUGCACUGGGCCAAGCCACGCAGUGCGUUCGUAAGUUCGCUCCCCGAGGUCAGCGCGUCAUGGGUCAAAAGGACAAUGGACACAUCACUGCCUGCAAGAUCAGCGAUGCUCAUCCGAACGAGAUAGUAGUCAGCUGGUCUGGCGAUCAUAUCUACAGCUUCGAUUUAGUGCGCAGCCCGGAUGCUAGCGAGGUGGCAAGAAACAAAGUUUCAACACCCCAGACGAAUACUAGCACCAGGAGAGCAAGGGAAAGCAGCGAAAGAAAGCGGAAAAGGAGGGCAGAAAGCCAGGUCUCCCAGUCUCCAGAAACAAGUUCACGUGUACAGUCGCGUCAAAGGACUGAAGAUUCGGCCGAAAGGGAGGGAGAUGUCGCCUUGAGGGUGAGGUACAACAAUGGUCAAAGCGAAGACAUUCCAAUCGCGCGUUCUACGAGCCCCGUUUCGUCUCUGCGGGAGAGCGUGAUGACUGAUAGGCAGCGCAAGUCAUAUCGUCUCGCGAAAACAGUCGUCGAGCUUCGCAAGACAAUGUUUACCCUCAACGAUCAACCUGCCGCGCCAUCAAACAGAGACCCAACUGGUCAUACUGCCGAGUUUACCUCGGCGCGAAGCUUGGCCGCUACCAUCUUACCUCAAAUGCAGGAAAUCACACGGACAUGGCGUUACUCGGUCGACCCUGUACAGGAGGAGAUUCUGCUGCAAAGAACAUUGCGUUCCAACAGAGAGUCGGCCUGGCGCUUCGUGCAAGCUUCUGGGGUUAUAGCGCGGGCUUUAGGCGGACAACCUCAUACCGCUAGUCAAGGGAUCUUUGACACGCCUCUUUUCACGUGUAUCGAUCAUGCACCCAAUGAGGGUAGCAGCCUAAGCGAUCGUGAGCGGUUCGGAUACGACUUCCUCAAAGCGAUCUUCCUGUGGCUUGACAGCGGAGUAGGUGCCUUGAUUAAUGGCUUCACCAGAUCUUCGGACAUGGCUAGAUAUGCAUCUCGCUUACCUGUACCCAAGGAUGCGAGCGCUGAUGCAUUUGAUGAAUGUAUCGUGCCGUAUCUCCUUGCUCACUCGUCAAGUUCCCCUGUUUGCAAUGUCGACGCUUCAAGGUUCGAGGUAGACGAGAACAGAAUCAUCUACCAGACCGAAACGGAUGCGGUUAGGGCGUUCGUGGAAGCUGUCAAGACACCAUUUGCAGAUCUAUCAAACGAAGCAAUGGAGGGUACAUCUGAGUCCACCCAAAGACGAGGUGGCGCUCUGAUACACUGGGGCCUCAAAGUCGCACGAGGUAUUCUCAUGAAUGCCGGUGAAGGUGUUAAUUUUGCCUUGGUAGACAGAGCUUUUGGUGGACUUGGUACGGGUAACAAUCCAGCAGGACGAGAGGAUGCUCGACUGCGAGACAGACAACGGCAGAUUGACACAACCGAAGAAGAGCCUACAGCAGAGUCUAUGGAGAUUGUCAAUCCUUCAGGAGACCAAUCUUCCGAGGAGGAAGAAGAUGUCAUCACAAUGAGCGACAUAAGGGCAGCUAUGGGAGAGACCAGCGAUGAAGAUGAAGACGAUGAUGAAGAUGACCAUGCCAGCGAAGACGAUGAAGACGAAGAUGCUGAAUCGAGUGACGAGGAAGAUGACCAUGGACAGGAUGAUGAAGGCGAACAAGAAGAAGAAGAAGAAGAAGAAGAAGAAGAAGACUUCCCUCGCAUGAUGUAUCGCAACGCGUUCGGGCGACGACGGAAGCGGGGAGAGGUCGAGAGGGAAGUGUACUGUUCCCCCCACACCAGAGUAUAUCGCGGUCACUGCAAUGUCAAGACAGUCAAGGAUGUCAACUUCUUUGGCCUGGACGAUGAAUACGUAGUUUCUGGUUCCGAUGACGGCAAUUUCUUCAUCUGGGACCGCAAGUCAGGGCAACUGGUCAACAUACUGGAGGGAGACGGAGAAGUGGUCAACGUGGUUCAAGGCCAUCCUUACGAACCCAUGAUGGCCGUCAGUGGAAUUGAUCACACUAUCAAAAUCUUUUCACCAGAUGCACGAGCGCGCGAAGCUGCUAGGCUUGGACGCGGCGUGGCAGCAGCUGACACAUCGACUUUCUCGUCAAUCUCAUGGAUGAGACGAAGAAGACAAAACAGAGCAGCUGGAGCCACUUCAGAGCCUGCGGUAGACGCAGGUGCGGACGAGCGAAAUGCAGCGGAUGACGACGAAUAUGUGGCGUCCGGCGGGCUUUCAAGCAGGAAACGAAUGCACCUGGAAUACCAGAUCACCUCUCAAAACGACGUAGAGCGUCAAGGAGGGAAUCAGGAAACUUUCCUUACAAGAAGCAUGCUUGCGUCCUUGGCACAACAUCUUAGAAGGCAGAGGGCCGAAGGAGGGGGUGCAGGAGAAGAUGGCGAAGGCGGAGCUGUCCCAGGAGGCAGGAUCGUAAUCGGCGAUGAUUGCGUGAUCCAAUAG